AUGCCUGAUCUGAGAGUUCCGUUCUACGAGGACAUCGGAGAUCAGUAUGGAAUUCCUGUUGAGCGAGGAGAGGGUCUUCAAUAUUUUGAAGCAUACGAAGGAUACCAAAGGUCUGUCAGUUACGGAAUGCCCCAGCCGCCAUUCGAUAAUGGUCAAUUCGAAUACCAUGUAGAUCAUUCGGAACCGGUGGCAGAGGAUCUGAAAUUUGAACAACAAUAUCCACUGCAGAAUUGGGAAGAUAACCAGAUGGUUGGAGUGUCAUCAACUGUGGAUCUUAUUCAUUUCCCUGGUCAAAACUACACUGUUCAGCAUUAUCACCAACACGGCAGAAAUGAUGAAGUUGUCCCUUUCGAGCAGUUUCAUGCCCACCACCAAGCGACACUAUCGGUGACCGAAAAUCCUGCUCAGCCUCAGGUCGAUGAUCGAUUCUUGAUUAGGAUGAACGGAAUGGCACCAGACAAGAAUACGUUGAUUGCAAAGUGGAUGGAAUGGAAAAAGACAGUACAGAAGCACCCGAUUUUGGACAGUCUUGAUCUCAGCUGUUAUCUGUUUGACUGCAAAAGGAAUGUAGGAGUCCCGCAGUGGAAGAAAACUGCAUUCGAUGGUUAUAAGUUCUAUCAAGCUGAAAAACAAGAAUCAAAGCUUUGGAGGCAGUGUACUCAUGAGAGACGAGAACUAUGGAAUGGAGCGGUCGCUAUGCUGAAGGCAUGGCAGAACCAGCAAAGGGAACUCGGGUUGAUCAAGCUGUCUGGAAAAUAA